UCGACCUUAUCCUCACAGGCACGCUGACAGCUACCCUGUGCCUGAUCCCCUGAAAAGCAUUCCGUAUCGAGCAUUCGAGCUUCAUUAAAGCCGCGAGCCCCUCGGGCCAAAGCCAGAGGGCAGACCCGGCCUCCCUAACACCGCCUUAUGUACAGAAUAGUCUUACAUAUGCUAACUCAAGGACGGCUUAACCAUAAGCUCGUCCCCCAGAAUUCAUGGCUGAUCGUUGCAAUGCUUGAUGCCAACAGAGAUAGCAACGAACCACAUAACUCAGUUCAAGCCCAAUCCAUUCCAACACUAAAGCCCCUUUUGAAACCGUACGCUUCCAGUGCCCAGUUCGAACGGAUAGAAACCUGUCCUCACAUGCCCAGCCAUAUGAGUAUGGGCUAAGAGGUAAAUCAAAGGAUAACCACAAGACGCUCUGCGCCACCAAACGCCACCAAAAUGAUGGGUCCCGAAG